AUGCCAGUGAGUGCUGAGCUAGACAAGGUUCCGAGAAUUGGUGUGCUUCCACGGUCUGCAUCAACUGACUCCAAAAUCCGGUGGUUCGAGGCGCCUGGCUUUAAUGCAAUGCAUGCCAUCAAUGCAUGGGAAGAAGAGAUCAUCCUGGUUGCACCCAAUGCCAUAUCCAUAGAGAACCUUGUUCACAACAUAGAAAAGGUCCAUUUCUCACUAGAAAAGGUGAGAAUCAACUUGAGGAAUAGCUCAGUCACAAGAACCACCCUUUCACAGAAGAAUUUGGAGUUGGGCUCAAUAAACCCUAGCUACGUGGGGAAGAGAAACAGGUAUGCUUAUAUGGGUAUAGGGGAAAUGAUACCAAAAAUGAGUGGGGUUGUGAAAAUUGACUUGGAGUUGGUGUGUGAAGUGUCAAGAAGGCUAUAUGGAGCUGGGUGCUUUGGAGGAGAACCCUUGUUUGUGGCGAAGGAUGGUGCAAGUGAGGAGGAUGACGGGUACAUAGUGUCAUACGUGCAUGAUGAGAAGAGUGGAGCCUCGAGGUUUGUGGUGAUGGAUGCCAAGUCACAAACCCUUGAUGUUGUCGCAACAGUGAAGCUUCCUAGAAGAGUGCCUUAUGGCUUCCAUGGCCUUUUUGUGAAAGAUGGGGAUAUCAGAGAGAUUUACUAA